GCAACAUCGCUUCGGCCGAAUUCAGUACAGCGUCAGCUAGUCACAAAUAUUUUGACGAAGCACUUGUUUAUCACGUAGAAAAUUUAUUCAAACCAAAGAAAAGGCGAUAAGUAUUGGCGCAAAACAAAGACUCUUCAUUUUGUAAUGAACAGUAGGACAUUGAACGUGAUGAAAGCAUUGUGUUGUAGAAAGUAUUAUAAAGGAAAUUAACAACGCACGGACAGUGAAUGACAAGCUAUGAGACAAGUUCAACAGUGAUAGUUCAAGAUAUAGUUCUUUGUCAAGAUGAAAGGAAACAAUGGUUGGACACAGUUCAGAUAAAGGUGAACUGUUAUGAGUCAUUGGAGAUGAAAAAUCCUGUCAGUCUGCUUUCUUUCAUCGUUCAAGACAGUUUGUCUCUUGCCUCCUCAAACAUUUAAGCAAUGAUCGAUCAACAAAUGAGGGAGGAGCAGAAAUUAGCGUCAAGAGCAAAAAUGAGACCGAAAAAUGUUACCGAGUGGAGUGUUAACGAUGUAGUCAAUUGGUUAAAUCAGACUGGCCACGUGAAUCCAGACGUUAUUAGCAGAUUUAAAGAUCAUGAAAUAGAUGGAAAAGCAUUAUUGACUCUGCGAGAAGAUGAUUUAAAAACAAUGUCAGGUUUGAGGAUCGGUGUUAUAAAAAGAUUGAUCAUUAGUAUCAAACAGUUACAAAGAGAAAAUGUCCCACUUUUAUUAGAACUGGGGCACAUAGAAUUGUUUCCUUCUCAAAAUUUUUUUACUUCAAAAAAUACUGAUUUUACUCUAAGCCCAGGAACGAAUGAGGGUUCUAUUGAUCAGGAAUUUUACUCUGCAUCGAUAUCUGAGGAUGGAACUGCCUCCCAAUUACCUCCAGAAAUUUGGAAGGCGUUUAUUAGUUUAGGUUAUUUAUUUAUUGUCACGUGGAUAACUGCCUUUGUGAUGGUCAUAGUUCAUGAUAGAGUGCCUGACAUGAAGAAGUAUCCACCAUUGCCAGACAUAUUCUUAGAUAAUGUACCACACAUACCAUGGGCAUUCGAUAUGUGCGAGGUAACUGGAACGCUGCUCUUUGCUAUAUGGCUACUUGUUCUUAUAUUUCAUAAAUAUAGGUUUAUACUAUUAAGAAGAUUUUUUGCUUUGUCUGGCACAGUAUUUUUAUUGAGAUGUGUUACAAUGCUCAUUACUUCUCUGUCAGUACCAGGUGCACAUCUGCAAUGCCAACCAAGAACUAUUCAUAUCACAGAUUCAUCCAGCUUUUACAACGAACUUUACAACAAAAUUGAAAUGGCAUAUGUGAUAUGGAGGGGUGCUGGUAUGUCUAUUCAAGGUGUUCGUACUUGUGGAGAUUAUAUGUUUAGCGGACAUACUGUAGCUCUGACAAUGUUAAAUUUUUUUAUUACUGAGUAUACUCCUAGAGGUCUUUAUUUUGCCCACACAUUUACGUGGAUGCUAAAUAUGUUUGGUAUAUUCUUUAUACUGGCUGCACACGAACAUUAUUCCAUUGAUGUUUUCGUUGCGUUCUACAUAACGUCUCGACUGUUUUUAUAUUACCAUACAUUAGCCAACAAUCAAGCACUAAUGCAGCGUGAUUCAAAUAGAACGAGGAUUUGGUUCCCAUUGUUCAGUUUCUUCGAAUCGUCUGUAGAUGGAAUAGUACCUAAUGAGUACGAGACACCGUCGGUAAUCGUUUGUAAUCUAAUUAGCGCUGUUAAGGACGGUGUCAAUCAUCUUCGAUUAUCUUUUAUCCCUCCAAGAUUGGAAGAGAAACAAAACGGCGAUGUGAACAGCACAAAGAAAAAAUUAUAAUAAGAUUUUUAUCGAAUUAAACUACGUUAAAAAAAGAGGCUUUCAAGGGAGCGCAGCUUUCUUUAGGAGAAUUAUAAAAACAGUAUGUUUAUAUUAAACUGAUUUAAAUUUAGUACUGACUGUAAGAUAUGCAUUGUUAUAAAUUUUUUACAACUUGUGUUAAAUAUUUUUGAAUAACAAUGUUAUCUCUUAGUUUAGUGACCAAAAAGUUGUUGGUUUAAAAUUGUUUCUUUUUUACUAUUUCGAAGAUAAUUCGAGUCCUGUAAUAGUAUGAUAAUAUGAAUGUGAUAUGAUGAAAUGGCUUUGUCAUAUAAACACAAGAGUCAUUGAAAUAUGAUGAUAUUCUUUAAAAUGAUGUUUGAUAGGCUUUGAAAAUUAGUAAUGUAUUUUUUAAUGCCGUCAUCUAGUGAACGUGGAGCGGGAUUCAUUAUUAUUUAUGAUGCUGUAAAAUAAUAUCAACAGUUUUUUGUUUCGAUAUCUAUUCUUUAGAUGGAAAUAAGAAACUUGAAAAUAUGUAUCAUUCCAAAUGUUUGACACUCAAUAUAUUUUCUAAAAGUUGGUUAAAUUUCAAAUUGACGUCUAAAAUGCAUUAAUGAAAGUCAUGUCAAAGGUGCUGAUCAAAGUAGAUACGUGUACAGAGAAAUAUGCAAAUAUUUCAGAAUUUCGUGCUUGUACAAUUAGAGUAGGCACAACGUUCCGCAUGCUAUGUAAAUUAUCUAUGCUAAUUUCACUCUUAUCACUCACAUCAUUAAAAGGCGUAAGAACAAACGUGAAAAGUAUGUAAAGUCUCUAUGAAUAUGUUCAAAAUUGCCUUCCUAAGUGUACAGUACUCGAAAAGAAUUAUUACUUUUUCACGAAUCUAUUUGUAAAAAUUAACUAAAUCAUAAAUAUACCAAGUCGAUGAUAGGCUUUGUAAGGAA